ACGAUUACCACAGAUAUUCCUUACUUUUCCCAGAACCUACGUUCAUCAAGACACGCUUUGCUUGAGCUUUCUUUACAAACCGAAGUAGAAUAAGAUGGAAUCAUUCGUGGAAGAUCUUAAGAAUCAAGUCCAGUGUUUGCUUUGCAAUGAGACGAUGUACGAACCCAAGUUGUUACAAUGCUUCCAUACAUUUUGUAAGUCUUGUAUCAAGUCAAACGCACAACUCGAUGAACAAGUCAACGUCUUCAAGUGUCCUCAGUGUACCUCACAAACCGUGCUUGAACAACUUGACGACGUGGAAGACUUACAAACCAGCCCAAUACACUCAAGAGUCGUACAAGUCUUGUUGUUUCUAGAAAACCAGAAAGUUUGUUCGAUUGAAGCGAGUCAUUGUGAAGCAUUAUGGCGAUGUCUAGACUGUGAUUCCUCGUUUUGUGACGAAUGUCUUGGUUUGCAUGCUAAAUUUGCAGCCAUGAAUAACCAUAGAGUUGUCUCGUUGUCCAACCCGACUAAGGAAGACAUUGAAACAAUGAUGAAAGGAGAAGAGUCAUGUAAAAUCCACUCCAGUCAAGAUGUUGAAUUGUAUUGUCAAGACUGUGAUACUCUCAUUUGCUUUCUUUGCUUGAAAGAUCACAGUCACAACAAGCAUGACCUAUCAUCACUGCAGGAAUUCAUUACUCACGAGAAACAGGGUCUAUCUAAAAACCUUGAAGAAAUCGAGAGAUUGGCUACUAACGAAGAGGAAAGAAAGCAACAAGAAGAAAUCGCCUUUGACAUCCGAGAUUAUGGACAAAAAGCUAAAGAAAAUGUCGAGAAAGUGACAGAACAUUUGGUAAAAACAUUGAUUGACCAAAAACAACAACUUUUGGCCGAAAUUCAGAAAUCAAUAACGAAAGCAGAAAGGAAUUUACGAAUUUUGCAUCACACUUCAGCAGCGCAAGAGUACGUCAAAUACUUUGCUCAAAAUGGAACAGCAAGUGAAAUGAUGGAGAUUCGAGACCCAGAAUGCUCGAAAAAACUCACUUAUGAACCGUUCCAACAAGAUGUUGGUGUAAUAAAUUUCAGACCCAAUGAAGAACUUCACAAUCAAGUGGAAACUGGUUUAGGAGUAGUAGCGAUAUUCAAUAAGCCUGCAGAUGCAAAGUCGUGUUUAUUGAAAGUGGAGCCUAAAAUAGAAGCUAUGAAAACAACAAAGCUAACAAUAGUACUGAAAACUUCAGAAGGAAAAGUCGCUCAAGAAUCACUGGAUAAUAUAACCAUACAGGUUACCCCUGAAGAAGACGUGAAGAUUGGUGAGAAACUGAUGGAGGUUGAUGGUCAGGCCAUGGUGGACUUAACUGCCCAGUUUCCUGGUCAAGUAACAGCGCACGUUGAAGUACGUGGUAUUCCUGUAUGUAACAGUCCAGUUGUGAUGAAUGUCAAACCGCAAAACAUAGCAAUCAAAGACUUAAAGUUGGCAAAAGAUAUGAAUGUGGACUCAAAAACCUUAAAUGGUAUAACAUUGAAUACGACAUACGAUAGAAUUGCUGUGGCAGAUAACUCUUCACACUGUGUGAGAGUCUUCAACAUGGAGGGAGUCUUAUUACUGGAAUUUGGUUGCCAUGGUAGUGGCCAGGAACAGUAUAAAUAUCCACAGGAUUUAGCAUUUCUUAAUGAGACCGAUUUAGUCAUAGCUGAUCACCAAAACCAAAGAAUAUGCGUUGUUGACACUCUUAAAGGGAAAACAGUAAAAACGUUUGGUUGUCAAGGUGAAGGUAAUGGUCAGUUCAAGUAUCCCUGUGGAGUAUGUGUUGAUGAUGCUUCUAACAUCUAUGUAUGUGACUAUAGUAAUCAUCGUAUACAGGCGUUCACUAAGGAUGGUGAUUAUCUAUAUCAGUUCAACCUGGCGAAUAAUGGACACCCUUUUGAUAUUAUCACGCACAAAGGACUAUUCUAUGUCAGUGAUUAUAGCUCAUCAGUGGUUCAUGUCUUUGAAAUGAAGACCAGACAGCAACCAACUAUAAUCAGGACGAUUGGUGGAAAGGACUGCAGUGCUGGGCAGCUACAAGAACCUCGAGGUUUGACGAUUGAUAGCGAUGGCAAUCUACUGGUGUGUAAUGGUAAACGGGUAAACAAGUAUACUUUGGAUGGUCGUUACAUUGGACAAACAAAUGAACUAAGCAAUAACUGCGCCUACAUAGCAGUACUACCAAAUGGCAAUGCUAUUGGUACCACGUGGGGUGGAGGCUUGUUUGCCAUUUAAACUCUGAACACACCAUGUGAUAGGACACUGCUUGCUGUAAUAAGUUAUCACAUCAAAGCACGAAGAGAGACUAUCAUUGUUAGUACGAUAUUAGUAGUGUAUGCAUAUAUCAAACAUAUCAUUCCGGACCAGUCGCAUGAUAUCAGCAUAUAUACGCCUAGACCCGAUGCGGGUAGAACACUAAAAUAUAAAUAUAAUAAAGAUAAAGAUAAAUUCUGUUUAAUCAAGUCCCACUUAUACUGUACAUGGCUUUCUUUCGAGCUCGGUGCUCCUUUCGUCGCAUAAAAUCAGCAUAAAACUACCAUUUAAUACUCAGAUAUAAUUUUCGCUUGCUGAUAAUUCAAUUUCAGUUUAAUUUUAAUAACCGAAGUAUGAACUGAAAGAAUACAUCCUUUUAUGUGUACCUAUAGUAUAAAAACGACUGAUACUUAAAAUGAGCAUCUGAGAACAUGAAACAUUUGAAUAACAAUAACUAGAUUGCAUGAUAAGAAUAAUAAGAUUACAGUAAUAAAACUUGAAAUAACAGUUUCAAAUACUAUGCUUUCUUGUUUGACGCCCACUUAUAAGUGAUUGAAUUUUAGAUCUCUAUCAACAUAAAGUGAUAAAACAGAAACAAUGAGACAUUCAAAUAUUAAGAAUAUAAGUAACAAUGAUUAUUGACGUAAGACUUACCUCUACACUUAAAUAAAAGUUGGUUUUUGCACCAAG